ACUACGUUUUAGACAGGCCUCCGCGGCUUGUGACCACAUUCAGUGAAGCUGUGACGAGAGUGGGACAGACUAUUGCUCUGCGAUGUGCUGCUACGGGCAUACCACCUCCCAGGAUUCUUUGGACCUUGGACGACCGGCCUUUACCGGCGCUACCUGACAAAUACACUGUCAAUACAAGAGCGGAAACAGUACCCGGAAGUGAUGAAGGCAGUAUAAUAUCAACGUUGAGCAUCACAAUACGAAGUGCCGAUGAAGGAGGCCGAUAUGGAUGUAACGCAACCAACUCUGGAGGAUCCCAAGCCCAUCACGCUAGACUUAAUGUAUUUGGCCCACCUAAUAUUAGAUACUUACCAGCAAUCCACGUUAAAAUUGAAACGGAUGUUACUCUGUAUUGUCCAUACUCUGGAUACCCCAUAAAGGAAGUGGUAUGGCGUCGAGAUGAUGGUUCUGUUAUCGAGGCGCCGGGGAACUCUGUCAAUGAUCGUGGAGUUUUGAGUCUUAGUUCAGUUCGGGGCUCUUCAGCUGGUGGCUAUACUUGUGAAGUUAAAGCUGACAGUGGGGAGUUGGCAAGAAGAACUGUACGCAUAGAUGUCCACAAGCCACCAAAAAUUAUGCCAUUCCAAUUUCCUGAAGAAUUAGAAUUUGGCGGAAGCACGCAGGCUACUUGCAGCUUGGUGUCUGGAGACAAACCUAUUCAGUUUUCCUGGCAUAAGGACAAUUUACCAAUACCAUCAGUGCUAAAGGUGGAGCAGAAAAACAUGGAUUUCUUCACAAUUUUAGUAAUUCAAGACCUUAACUCAAUGCACAGCGGAGAGUAUUCUUGUCGGGCUACAAAUGAUUAUGGAUCUGCAACCCAUACUGCUUCACUCGUAGUUAAAGAGCCACCGUCAUGGGUGUGGAAAGCACAAAACACAUCAGUGUCAGCUGGAGCAGCGGUUCUGUUGCCCUGUUCUGCUAAAGGGCAACCAUUGCCCCGAAUAUCCUGGGAGUAUUCUACGGAUGGUGAGAAUUGGCGUCAUAUAAUGUGGGGUCAAUCCGAUACGUCGGAAGUGAACGAGGGUUCGAUACUUUCUGAUGGUACAGUUUGGUUGAGAGCUGCUACUCCAGAGCAUGAAGGAUGGUACCGGUGCACGGCCAGGGUGCAGCAUUCAUAUUUACAUCACGCUUUCUAUUUAGAUGUUAGAGAGCCCCCAAGAGUAAGCCGUGGCAGUGUAGGUGAGAGUCUGUGGGUUGUGAGAGGAUCUAGCGCGCAUUUGUCAUGCUCCGUGCGCGGGGAACCUGAGAUACAUGUGCACUGGACGCAUGACUCCAGACCUCUAUCUCUUCAUGGUUCCGGUGGUGUUGAAAUGCGAGACAUUGGUAAUGGUGGUAUAGUGUCGGAGCUAACCAUAAACCACGCAGAGCCUGAGCACGCCGGCGACUAUCGCUGCUCAGCUAGGAACUUGUAUGGAACAGACGAUGUACUCUUCAGACUGUUUGUCAAAGAACGACCUAGCGUUCCCGAAGAAGUACGGAUAUCAGAAGUAUGGUCUCGUAAAGCGCGGCUUACAUGGCGCGUGGCUCGCGGCGCGAUGGUCUCCCACUACUCGCUGCAGUACCGCCCGCUCACACGAGACUUAUCAAACGCUCCGCUCAACGCUCCGCUACCCGCCCUCGACAUGUGGAACUCUGCUGAAGUUCUCAACGUUACGCUGGCUAAUUCCGAUUUGCUUCAUGUCGCGUCCGAAGGUCCCAAUAGGGCCGGCGCAUUAGUGUCAGCUCUAUCUCCAGACACUCGCUACGUGCUACGAAUGGCAGCUUACAACGACGUUGGGGCCUCGCCUUAUACAACACCGCUUCACUUUACAACCAGAGAAGAAGCGCCCGGUGGAGUUCCCAGAACUAUAACGUUACGUCCACUUCGAGCCAGGGAGCUGGUUGUUACAUGGCAGGCUCCAUCUCGAGAAACCUGGCACGGUACACUUCUGGGCUACACAAUUAGAUGGUGGGAAGCGACUGAUGAUAGUAAAGCCAGUUCGGAGAAAGGUUCCGAAGCUGGCGCCAGUGCUGACUCCACUACAACAACUAUUAGAGGACUUAAACCAGCUACUCGAUACGGUGUCACUGUGCGAGCGUACAACGCGGCAGGAAACGGGCCAUUGUCUCCACCUCAUUAUAGACAUACCCUGGAAUCACCGCCUACAGGCAGUCCGGAAGGCGUUAUUUGUGUGCCCAGCGGGUCUACUUCACUACGGGUGUCAUGGCGGCCGCCGUUAGAGGACGACCGGGGCGGGGUCAUCACGCACUACACCUUACAGUAUACUCGGAGAGAUGUUGAUCCAUUGAUGCCUUUACAAGAUGCACAUUUAAGAGUCCAGGGAGAAGAAACAACGAUAGCACGGCUAACACCGUUUGCGGAGUAUGAGAUAAGGGUGCGUGCACACAAUGCAGCUGGCGAUGGACCAAUGGCGGCACCACAAAUUUGUAGAACCGAUGAAGAUGUUCCAAGUGCACCAGGAGGCAUCAAGCUGAUAGCUCUGAGCGAGAGAUCUCUACGUGCAUCCUGGCUACCACCCGUUGAACCCAACGGGAAGCUUACACACUACUCCCUCUAUAUUAAGGAUUUAUCUGGGUCUCAAGAAGCGAACAUCACGAGAGUGAGCGCUUGCACAGAAAAUGAGGGCGUAUCUAUAGAGUGUAUGAAGACUUUGCGUGGUCUGCGAACAGGUCGGACUUAUGAAGCCUGGGUCAGAGCAUCUACUAACGCUGGUGAAGGGCCUACGUCGACCGUUGUCGCUUGUCAAACAACUGCGUUAGCUCCUGCAAGGAUUUCCUCGUUUGGUGGAGUGGCUGUUGGCUCUGCUGGUGGGUCGCUGUCACUACGAUGUGUGGUGGGUGGAGUCCCACCACCUUCUAAACGAUGGCUUCGAGCAAACAGCCCAUUGCACACGAGAGCGCCCUUCCAUCUAGAUGGCGAUGCUUUAGUGAUCAGGAGUCUCGAACUCUCACACUCCGAUAAUUAUACAUGUGUUGCUGAAAACCCACACGGUUCCGACUCCAUUACUUGGAGAGUGUUCGUUCUGAAACAGCCGCCACCUCCCGGACUUGCCUUGAUUGAAGCUCGGUCUAGAGAGCUCGAGCUGGACCUACGACCAGCUCCUAGGACACCUGGACAUGCGAUUGCGAAGGCAUUUACUCUACAUUUUCGUCUUGCUUCACCUGAAGGAGAAUGGCGGAUCCAAUCUGUGAACCCCGGUCCUGUUAUUCUGUCGGGGCUCCGUUGCGGCUCAGCGUAUCGCGCUUACGCUUCUGCAGGCGGAGCGCCAGGCUCCGAGAUCUCUGUGAGGACCUCAGGAGGCCCGCCUGUCGCCCCGCCAGAUGCUAGGUGGAUAAGAGCGAAUUCGAGCCACGCGAUAUUCGACACGAGCAUGUGGUCUGAUGCCGGCUGCGGUCCUCUCGCGUUGAAGCUAGAGUGGGCUGGCUCCGGGGUCGCUGGCACAAGGGACGUCCCCGUUGGUGGUGAAGUCGUACUAGGUGGUCUAUCUCCGGGGUCCCGGUACCGCAUAGCAGCCCGCGCGUCGAACGAAGCCGGUUGGACCCGCGAAGUCUACGAAUUCACCACGACCGCUCCUGAGGAUUAUGCUCAAGAAGUAGAUGCUCCAUUCCCGGCCACAGCUGGAGAACUUGCUCUGUUGCUAGCAUUGUGCGCUGCUCUAUCUGUGGCGGCGCUAACUAUACUUGCUAUUCUGCUAAGGAGAAAAAGCAGCGAUGGUGCCGUGCCUCGCGUGUUGGCGAGCGGUGAUAAAAAUAUGUGCGGGACGUACAGGCCACCGCCUCCACACUGCACCCCGAAACUACCACCAGAUCCACCAGAUGUUUACGAGAUAAGUCCAUACGCGACGUUUGCGGGUGGAGACGCAAUGAGCUCCGGGUCGCGUGCGUACACGCUACAGCUACGGUCACUCGCCAGACACGACGAUGACGCGCCCGCACCUCCCGCCGUACAACACAGCUGCGAGGAAGAAACCUGUUUGGACACAUGUGACGCUCAACGACGUAGAAGACGUAGGAGGCAUUACUGCCCGGAUCAUGGGUGUUCACAAGACUCGGGAAGCUAGAGAACGCUAAAGGGGUUCGAGAAGCUACUGCCAAAUAUUAGUAAAUAUUUAGUACAACAUAGGAAAUUCUGUUAAAACAUAUUGAAUAUGUAUUAUACAAUUUUUACAAUUAUAUCAUUUAUAUGUAU